CUCCGUUCUUCCCCCCGAUGACGACAGCGCACGGGAACACCGACAAGGCGGGACCAUUCUCCCACCUGUUCAAGCGCCGUUACUCAUGUCCGAACAUGCUCAAUUCACUACCGAUGACCAGGUUCAAGGACCUCGUCGACCAGGCCAAGCCACUUCUAUGCGACCCCGAUGCCCUCACCUUGGCGCAACUCGGCUCCCUCCUGCCGCUGGAUUUGUGGCAACGCGUCGAUAUCAGCGACACCAAGGUGGUGCCCACGAGAUGCAUGUGACGAAGUAACAACACGUCGCAUUGCUGCGCUUUGUGCAUCCAACGCCAGGUGGGUUUCAAGAGGCCCGGCAUCCACAUCGUAACCCCAUGGACAGAGACACGAGAAGGCAGGACCCGUUCUGUCUGUUGUGCUGCAUUUCUUGGGUCUUUUUCAGUUGUACCGGUCAGAUUGGCACCCCCCAAUAUGCCACUUCAACCACGGCACGGGUGAGUGGACGGACGAAGAGUGCAUCCGCUUUAAUCAAGAUCUGUGGUAUGUGCACAUCCUGCACCCGGUAAGCAAGGGCGAGGCGGGGCGGGGGAUUUCCCAGGGCUAUAUGUCGGUGUGUGGAUGUGUCAUUCAGACCGUUGAGUUCCUCAUGUGUAAUAAAAGCCACAGCGAAUGGGACAAUGCGACCUCGCCGCCUCCUUUGCGACACAGUCAGCAUCUGGGCAAUGGGGACAGCGUCUAAUGGAAAGAACCCACCCGACUUGCGGCUCUUCUGUCUGUCUGUCUGUCUGUCUGUCUGUGUCUUCUCGAAUCAGAGUUCAGCUAUCACGUCGAGAGAGGGGGGGUCUAUUUGUUGCAAGGAGGAGAGCUGUAUGGUCUGAGGUCUGGUGUGGAUUAUGUCGGUAAGAAGCUGAUGAGAGACACACGGUUUUUCAUCGAGAAUCCAGCUGUUUGUUCGUCAGACUUGCUGUGUAUCCUCGACAGAAUGGCGCGGGCCUCAGCAGAGGCCCACGUUCUGUACUUCACCCACUGGACGUCUCCUCAUAUCCACUUCCGAAAGCCCAACAGCCGCUGGACAGAGCCUGCGGGCAUCGUGUGCAAUGCGUUCUCCGGCCGCGUGUGGCAUGCGGCCAUGCCAUUCUAUCACGUGAGCUGCACACCUCACAGAGACACCUGCACUCGCCUUUUGGGGGGUCGACGUGGUCUCAUCCUGCUCUCACACAGGGGGUCAGCUUCCUCCUGCACGACGGCGACGGCUCUUUCUGGGACCGCGCUCCUGGAAGUAAAUGGAGAAUGAUAAACACACACCACAACGCGCAGUGGAUAUUUUAUGGUUGAUGGUGGUUUUUGGUUCCUGUAGAUGGCAACUACGUUCUCCGAGACGCCGGCCUGUAUCUGCUGGUCGAGGGGCGCAUUCUUCGCCCCGAGUGCCUUCGUAGGCGGCAGAACCUUCUCCGCUUUGUCGUUCCUGGCUUGAAACUCGCACUAGCAGACGCCUCAGGUGCGACACACACGCGACCAAUCUUGAUCAUCUGUGUGUCUCUUUCUAUACGGUCUUUACAGCGGGACCGUUCGCCAAGCCGAGCAUGGCGGCUUCUCCGGGCAGCAGCCCCACGUAACCAAACACCGCUGCUGCACAUGUGGGGGGAUCGCUUGCCUCAUCUGUCUGUCGUUGUGUCUCAGCACCAGGACGACCCAGCCACCCAGCCUCCCGACCAGCUCCCCACCCGGCUCGCCUUCGUACUCACCCAGCAGCAGGCCAGCAGAGAGCUGACAUUGGAAGCGGCGAGGCGCCUGACUGCCUGUCGGCCGAAGAGUCUCAGCGUUGUUCAGCUGUCUUUCAGCGGCGAGCAAAUGGGGUGGCGGGGGAUGGUGAUGUUUUGGCCGCGUGCGAUGCAAUGUGGAGGUCGAUAGAUGGCGUGUGGGCAGCGAGGCGGAAAGGUG